GGUAGUGGGUGGAGGGCACAGCCAUCACCUGGGCAAGGUGCUGGUCCACUCGAAGAUGAAGCAUCAGCAUCCCGCCAAUCAGAACUACUACACGCAGCAGCAGACGCAGCUGCAGCGACUCAAGCAGCAGCAGAAGCUCCAGCAACAGCAGCAACAGCAACAGCAGCAGCAACAACUGGAGGGGAUUCACGGAGUGGGUGUGGGUGUGGCUAAGCACUGCCUGCAGUUCCCGCCGCCACCGGACUACCCGCCGCCAGCAGCAGCAGCGGCAGCGGCAGCAGCAGCCCCUCUAGCGGCGACUGGAGGGCAGGAGCGGAAUGGGGGCAGACGACAGCUGCUGCCCCGCUACCCCGAUCCCGAUCCGGAUGCCAUCGAGAUCUGCAACGAACAGGAGACCUCACCGCACCACCUCAAACAGCUGGCGGCGCGCCAGAGCAAGACUCUCGGCAGGAUCCACACCCAUACACACACGCACACGCACUCGCACCAUCAGCAGCAGCAGCUGCAGCAGCAGCAGCAGCAUUCGCUGCAGCAGCACCAUGUGCACCACGACUACUCCUACGCCUACUACGAGCCGGGGGCCGCCAUGCGCCACUCGAACGUGCCCCGGCCGGAGGGAGCGGCGGCAGCCAGCAAGGGAGGAGGAGCUGUAGCCGCUUCAGCGUCAGGAUCUGCUGUAACGGCUGGGACCUCCACCUCCUCCUGCUCCUCGUCAUCGUCGUCCGGCGAGCCUCCGCCGCCCAACUCCAUACGCGCCCUCCUGUCCAAGGGCAAGAAGAACAAACAGCUCGUCUCCCCGGCCACCCUGCAGUCCUACCAGACGCGCUACCACAAGCUGGCCACCGCAUCCCGGCUGGGGCUGGGGCAGAGCGAGAACUUCUACGAGGAGAUCAACGCGGCCGCCCUCCAGUCCUCCUCAACAAUCAUCUCAAAGCCAUCCUCCUGCACCCACCAGCAACAGCAGCAGCAGCAACAGCAGCAGCUGAGGGGCACUGUGGGCUCCCAUUCGGCGGGGUCCCUUAAUCAGACGCUGGUCGAGGAGGAACUGCGUCGCGUACAGAGUCGCCACCACAAGAUCCUGGGCGAGCUGAACCUUAGCGUGGAGGCCAUGCUCAUGCCGGAGAGUCCGCCCAAAGUGUUGCAACAGCAGCCCACUGGCGGAGGGGAAACUAAUAGCAAUCUCCUCGCCGAAACUGGCACUCCCUCUGCCUCUGCCUCUGGCACGCCCCCCAAGCCUACUGUCUGCGUGACGGCGGCCAGCGGACAGCCGUCAAUGAUGCUGGCGCGACUGACCUCCACAUCGGCGGACAACAUCUGUGAUAGCAGCGAGCCCGGCAGCAGCGGCGUGGAGCAGCUGCUGGCAACGCUCAAGACGGCUCCGUCGACGGGGGCGGGCGGGACUGGCCUUGGAACCGCAUGCGACCUGGACAGUGGCUUCAGCGGCAGCAGCGGCGCCAGUUAUAUUGGCAGCCUGCGCCUCACCAAGACGCAGCAUAUCAAGUGCGCCCGCCAGACGCCUACGGCCGCCGCCUCCACGAUGUCCACGAUGGCCACACAGAGCUGUCGGUCCUUCCAGCGGGCGGCCACUGUCUACGAUGAGGCGGGCAUGGGCAUGGGCAGCGGCAGUACCUUCCUUACGCGCGCCUCCUGCGGUCGUCGCAUCCUCAGCUGCGCCCGGAUACGGGCCGCCGAGGAUCCAGGGCCGAAUCAUCAUCUAAAUUUAAAUCAUCGAACGGUGUCGGCGACGGGAACGGGAACGGGUACGGGGGUACAUCUGAUGCCAGCAACGACGACGGAGUCGAAGGCGCGCAGCUUCUGGAACCGCAAGGGAUGGCGCAAGCUGCCCGGAUUCUCCACAUCCACGUCGAGCAUCAACGAUGCGGGCCUGCAAGAUGAGCAUCGAAUAAACUCCGGCUCAUGGGAGGACACCUUGGACGACCAGCAACAGCAGCAGCAGCAGCAGCAGACGUCCUCGUUCAUCCACUCGCCGUCGUCGAUCAAUCCGGGGCACAACGCCAGCAUCACAACAGCGCAGCUGCAUAGCGCCUUCAGUCGACGCAUUGCCGAGCAGCGGGAGCAGCGAGAGCAGCAGCAGCAGCAGCAGCAGCAGCAGCAGAGGUCCCUUAACAAUCUCUGUCUGAAGGCCAGUCCUAGCGCCAGCCAGGACAUCGGCGCCCCCACAAUUGCCGGCGGAAGCUUCAGCGCCAACGGUGGCCAGGCUGCCGUUGGUGUUGGCGUUGGCGUUGGGGCAGUCGUAGGCAGCAGCGGCGCCUGCAGCAGCACCAGCAGCGAGCGGGACAACAAGUCGCCGAGUCGUGAGAGUGAACGGGAGAGGGAACGGGAACGGGAAGCACCCCCCACUGCGUGCCACUCCGACGAGGAGGUAUUAACCGAAGAGGAGCAGACCAGCAGCAGCGUGAGUUCUUUAAGCGCCAACAAUCAACGCAAUUCGCAAUUGCGUUCCACCUUCAACAAGGCCAAGCAGCAUUUGUCCUUUGACAAAUGGCGCACGGCCGGCACCGGCACAGGCACAGGACCCGCUUCCGGUUCCGGUUCAGGCACCGCAGCAGCAGCAACCGGCACUUCUUCUAACUCUGGACAAACGGCAUCCACUGAUAGCAGCAGCAGCAUGAUUAUGCGCAGGGCUAGCGCCUGCACUCUGCCCGCCUCUGGCGGCGGUGGGGGCACAGGCUCACAGCGCGAGGACCUCACGACACCCGGCGAGUCCCCAGGCGGACGGCUCUCGCGCUGGUUCUCGAUACGUCGCGGCUCCACGCACCAGUACGAUGUCCGCCAGUCGACGAAUGCCAGUUUCGACACCCCAGAUGCGGCUGCAGCGGCAUCCGCAUCGGCAUCGGCAUCGGCGGCUGGUACCGCCUCGUCAAAAUUAGGGGCAGGAACCGCGCAGGACAGCGCCUCGCCCGGUAAGCUCUGCACAUUGGGCGCCAGCAAGAUGAUGCCCGGAGUACCGGAGAACGAAGAUGACGAGGGAUCAGCGGCAGCUGCAGUGGCCGGCAAUCGCUUCGACAUGGACAUGAUGCUGACACCGGGAGGCAGUCGUGGAGCCGCCAAUGGGAGUACCCGAACGGCCCACGGACGUCUGAUCGUGCCGAUGCUGCCCCCGGCACCGGCCGGGCUCUCGCAGCAGCAGCUCAAGCGGCGCCACAUUGUGGCAGCCAUCGUGCACAGCGAGAACUCGUAUGUGGCUACCCUCCAGCGUCUAGUCAAUGAUUACAAGAAACCCUUGGAGGAGUGCAACCCACCCGUUCUGAAUCCAGUGAAGAUCGCCACCCUGUUCCAUUGCCUGCCGGACAUCCUGCACUCGCACAAGCUGUUCCGCAUCUCGCUGGCUGAGUGCGUGCGCAAUUGGGACAGGGACGAGAAGAUCGGCGACUGUUUCGUGAGCGCCUUUGGGAAGCCGCAGCUGCUGGAGAUCUACUCGGGCUUCAUCAACAACUUCUCGGCGGCCAUGGAGCUGGCCAAGAUGGAGGAGAAGCGCAAGUCCGCGCUGGCUGACUUCUUCAAGGUGAAGCAGAUCAGCGCCCAUGACCGUCUGUCGUUCUUCGGGCUGAUGGUGAAGCCCGUGCAGCGCUUUCCCCAGUUCAUACUGUUCCUGCAGGACCUGCUCAAGUACACGCCCCAGGGCCACCACGACCGCAUGUCCCUGCAGCUGGCCCUCUCGCAGCUGGAGCUGCUCGCCGAACUGCUCAACGAGAGCAAGCGCGAGGCGGAGCAGUAUCAGGCCUUCAAGGAGAUGCUCGGCCACAUCUCGGGCACCUUCAACACGCGCGCCCUCAGCAGCGUCAGCGUCAGCGCCGACGGCAGCGGUCCCCGUCCCCGGUACCUUCUGCGCGAGGACAAUGUCACCCACAUGGAGUUUAACCAGGCCGGGCUCAUGGUGAAGUGCAAGCAGCGACGGCUGCUGCUGCUCAACGACAAGGUCAUCUGCGUGUCCGUGGCUCCCAAGCAGUCGCACGACUUUGGGGCCACCGAGAAGCUCACCUUCAAGUGGAUGUUCCCCGUCAACGAUGUCGAGAUUGUGGACAACAGCACAUCGGCGACGCUGUCGCGAAUCCUCACAGCAGGUCUCAAUCGCGGCGGCAGUCUCAAGUCCAACGGCAGCACUGGCCACGCCACCGGCAGCCCCUACGCCCACGGCACGCUUCCUGGCCAUGGCGGAGCGGACAGCAGCUCUCCGGCCGCGGCUUUGACAAGCGGUGCCGACAACCUGUGCAGCGAGAUGAGCACUCUGAUGUACGACUACGAGGUGAUCUCGCGCAUCCACGAUCUGGUGGGGAGCCUCAAGGGCAGCUACAAGGAUCUGAAUGCCAACACGACGCGCACCGUCCUGAAUGCCAUACAGGGCUCUAUUCAGCGCAAGGACGAGGAAAUGGCCUGGGUGGACUCGUGCUGUCUGCAGGUGGUCGGCCGCCACAAGUCCGGCAAGGAGGAGACCUUCACAUUCCAGACGCAGAGUCCGCACGUGAAGAAGGAGUGGAUCACGGAGCUGCGCCUGGCCCAGCUGGCCCUCGAUCCGAACAACUCUCCCGCCUGGGAGCGUAGUGGCUCCCAGCCGGGCCACCCGGCCAUGCAGUCCGCCGAUCGCCAGGUGCCGCAUCACACACCCGAGCAGUUGCAGCUCCAGGAGGCUAUACAGCAGAAGCAGUCGCGCAAGAUGCCGCUCUUUGUCAAGGCAAUGCCCAUCUUCAAGUCACAGCAUCAAUCCGAGGUGCGCUGUGGAUGCUAUUACAGCAUUGCCAACGACACGAAGCAGAGCGGCAAUGCGCGACGGCGGCACAAGCAGCUGAACUACCUGUGGAUGUGCAGCAGCGAUGGUACCUCCUCGCACGUCGCAAUCUUUGCCCAGCAUCCGCAGCAGGCGGGCAAUUUGAGGGAGGCCGGCGGCUUCGAUCUGCAGGAGACACAGGUGUCGGCACUGGAGUUUAUCAAGGGACUGGAUCAGUGGAAGAUCCAGCGCGAGGAGCCGGCAGCGAGCCUGCUGGGCGAUCUCAUUUGGAUGGGCACCGACAGCCGCAAGCUGUUGAUCUUUUCGGCCCGCAAUCCGGAGCAGGAGGAGCAGCUCGGCAGCUACGCUGUGCCGGGUGCCGUGAAGCGGAUCCUCUACCAUUUUGAUGCCAUCUACGUGGCCCUCUCGAAUGCAAGCGUCCUGAUCUAUCGUCGGGCCUUCGACGGGGUCUGGCAGAUGCGCGAUCCGCAGCUGAUUGCGCUGGGCGAAACGGGUUUCCCCGUGCCCAGUCUGCUGCCGAUCAACAUGAAUAUCUAUGCCUCGUGCUCGAACCGGGUGUACGUGCUGAACGCCCUCAACGGGGAGAUCCAGCGGAGCUUCGAGGUGCAGCACGGGGCCACCCAGGAGGUCAACCUGAUGGCCCACUCGGGCAUCGGCCUGUGGAUCUCGCUGAAGAACUCCACGGUGCUCUGUCUCUACCACACAGAGACGUUCAAGCACCUGCAGGAUAUCAAUAUCGCGUCCAGCGUGUUGCGCCACGAUGGCCGAAAGGAGCAGCCGCUCAACAACACCUCUGUCUAUGUGACCGCCCUGAUGGCCUGCAAGGGCCUCCUCUGGGUGGGCACCAAUGUGGGCAUCGCUGUCACCAUUCCGCUGCCCCGCCUCGAGGGGGUGCCCAUAAUCAGCGGCGGCAUCAACAUGUCGUGUCACGCGCACUUCGGGCCGAUCACCUUCUUGCUACCACUCAUCCCGAAGGUCUAUCCCACCUACAAGCCGCCGCUGACCGGGCUUACUGUACCGACAGUACCCAGUAUGGGCGACGACCUCCAGCUGCCGGCCAUCGACGCCGAUCCAAAGCUGGAGAUCGACGAUUGCUCUGUUGUUUUGCGCCGCGAUCUAAAUAAGUCGGCGGAUAGCUCCUCGAUUCCCUCUGGCUCCGUCAUGAUUCGAGACCUCAGCACGGAGGCCCCAGCCGCCAGCGGUGACUUGGCCGUUCCCUCGGCCGCUUCCUCGCCGCGCAGCUCCAAGCUGGACAAGCAGGGAUCGCUGGACCAGAGUUUCACGGCCAAGAUCCGGGCUUCACUGGCCAAUUCGCCGGCGUUCCAUCGCAAGCGGUUCCGCGAUCUGGGCGCAGCCCAGGAUGCCAGAAUGUCCAAAACUCUACCACGGGGACACGGCUCGACGGGUGGAGCGGCUGGAGGCGGCGCAUCAGGCGCUUCUGGGAGCGCUGGAGGGGGUUCAGGCUCGGGCUCCCAGCAUGGCAGUGAGCAGGGCUACUGCGAUGUGUACGGACUCUAUGGCAAGCUGAUCUUCGUGAAGGAGGACUACGAUGCCGAGGAGGGGACGCAGGGCAAUCUCAUGGACAUGAUGUACGAGGGAAUGCGUCGAUCCGAUCCCGAAUUGGCGGCAAUACCCGGCAAGGUGUGCACCCUGGAUCGGCGCCUGCGCAUGAAGGCCUCUAGGCCGCGCUCCCUCGAUCUCUCCAAUUGGUCCGUGGACUCCAAGUCCUCUAGCCUAUACACCUCAUCGGGCAGCGAGGAGAGCAUGGGCAUCCGUCUCUUUGGCGGCCGAUCGGUCUCCCGCAACAGCAGCAGCGCCAGCCACAAGACAUCCGGCACUGGCAGCGACCUGGGCAACAUCUCCGAGAACGGCCUCAUGACCACCGCCGACAUCCAUCAUCAUCAGCAGCAGACCCAGACCCAGACCCAGCACAGCACUCCCAAUAAAACGGAGAACACCUUGGGAGCAGGAACCUCAGCAGCAGCAGCAGCAGGAAGUGCAGGAGCUGCUGGCCAGUCGUCGGACAAGCCAGCGGCUGCCGUGGCCACACUGAAGCGCAAGCAGAAGCAGAACACCAAGCAGCAGCAGCAGCAGAGCGCCGACGGGCCGCGCACCGUGAUCACCCUGAUGGGGGGACGUGGCUACUGGCGCCACUUGUGGCAAAGCCCAAACUCAUCGCCCAGCCACAAGGGUGGCAGUGGUGGCAAAAACGAGGCCUCUGGCUCCGGCUGCGGACCGAGCGGCUCGGGGAAUGCUGGCGGCAGUGGGGGAUCCUCGCCGUCGAGUCCGUCACUGACGGCCAACUCCAAUGAUGCGCACAUAGUGGUGUGGGAGAAGAAAUUAUAAAAUCAGGAGUUGGUGUGCUGCUGCACCCUUCAGCAGCAACCCCACCAGCACCAUCCGCCCCUCACGGAGCUGUGGCGCCGCAUGGGAGAGCAGCAGCAACAGCAGCUGCAGCAGCAGCGGCGGGGACGCGCACGUGUCCGCUUCCGCGGAUCGUUUAUGCAGCGGGAUCGCAGUGCCGGCAACGAGGGCGGGGCCCUUCGUCCCAGCACCAGCACCGGCGGUGGAUCCGGAGGCAUACUGAGCUCCAGCUUGAAGCGGCUUACGAAGCUAAAGCGGGGCGGCAGCUUGAAGGAGUUUUAAAAUGGCAGGAUGGAAUGGAACGGGACAGAGUCCUGCAACCACAACCAUAACCACAACCAUAAAUAUAACCCAUAAACAUAACCACUUUUGGUGUACAAUUUAGGCCAAUAUUUAAGGCACAAAGUCCGCGGCCACAUAUUACUUGUGUAGUAGUUUUUUGAAGGGUUUCCCCAUGAAGCUUUGGGAUUCCCCAAAAUAUCGAAUAUAUUUAUUACAAUAUAUAGCGAAUCGUUCUGAACAAAACAGCAUCCCAGCCCCAUCCCACACUCGAUCCAUUAUGCAUUAACUCCAUUAUCUGCACUAUCUGCAUUAUCUACAUUAUCCAUUUGUUUCCUUCUCGCUUAUUCUUAUUCUUUAAUAUCUAAAGUAGCCAUACGAAAAUGUGUUUUUUUUUUAGUUUUUAUAUAUUUAGUAAAUAACUGAAUAUCCAAAUAUACACGCGUGUUUUUUUUUUUGUCGAUAGUCGUUUAAGAUCUACAUGUUAUAUAGCAACUAUAUAGAGUGCUAAGGAAUAUACAAAUACAUAUACAGAUACAUAUACAUUUAUAUCUAUAUAUAUACAUAUAUUGAUAUUGAUAUGGAUAUAUCUAUAAUCUACAGAUCUAGGCUAAGAAAAGGGAGCGGCAAAGCCAACAAAGCUAAGGGAAAUGAGAAAUGUUGUCUGUACAAACCAUUUGUUAUUAAGGUAGUAGCUGAAACAGAAUGAAACCGAAAAAGAAAAUGAUAAAUAGGAAGCGUGAAUGAGAAGAGAGUUUCUAUACAAUAUACAUAUGCGACACAUAUGAGUAGGGACUGGCCGGAUUGUGUGAACGAGGGAACAGCGCUAUAAGAUAUAUGGAUGAAAGUGUUUGUUGAACUGAUUAUUAUUGAACUGGCAGGAGGAUCAAACAUACAUAUGUAUGUACAUUUGUAUUUAUAUGCCUCAGAAAGAGUUAAUUUUUUGGAUCACAUACUAAAUACUCUAUAUUGUUGUGUAGCGCACUGUACCGUGCUUUUGUCCUCUUGUCGUCAGUGUCGUAAUUUUGUUGAAUUGAAUAUACAUACAUAUUCGGAGGCAUUUCCUCAUACGAUUUCAUAACGAAAUUAGUCGAAUCGUUGUCCCCCACCAUUAUGGGGUUAUGGGACACAUACUCUUAUAUGCAUUGGAUGUGCACACGAACCACGGAAACGGCAACAAUUUAUAGAACUCUAUGUGUCCACGAAUAUUUGUAAACGUUUACAACAAACAAAUUAAACAAGUAAAACAAAUGAUUUUUUUCAACUAAGGCACUUGGUAAUAAUAUACAACUGAAACAGAAGACGGAAAACAGAAGGAGGAAUAUCUUAAAUAUAUACAACACAUAUACAAUACUUAUAUACGAUUUACAUAUAUAUAUACAAUACUUAUAUGAAAAAUAUACAUGAGUGUUUAAUAAAAACAUAUUCAUCUGAUAAAAA